AUGGAUGAAGAAAUGAUGGCUGUGAAAGCUGAAGGAGAGAUCCAUAAGGAGCCCUUCGUUCUUGAUGAAAGGAUGAAAAGAAUGAUUAUGGACUUGCAGCGACACUGGCUCACAGAAUAUCAGCAAAGCAGGGAGAAAAUCCUUGUUGAAAUGACAGAAAGGCUGCAUCAGGAAUUCUUGUCUGACCAGCAAAAGAUCCGCACUGAGCUGUUAACUCAAUUCAAGGAAGAACUUGAUACUACAAGAGCCGAGCUAGAACAGAAAUACCGUGAAUCUCUGAAAACUGAGUUGGCAAAAAUGCAAGAAAAGCACAGAAAGGAUAUAUCAGCUUUAAAGAAAAAGCAGUGGUGUUGGCAGUGUGAACAAGAGGCAAUUUAUCACUGUUGUUGGAAUACUGCUUAUUGUAGCGUGGAAUGCCAGCAGAGUCACUGGGCAACUCAUCGUAAGUUCUGUAGGCGCAAGAAGCAAAAUCAGAAUGCUCCUGGAGCCCCUCAAUCACAGCAAUAA